UGUUUACCAAGACUGAAACACAGUUGAAGUGAACGGUGACGUUUUUAGGAUUGUGUUUAGUAUCCGUGCGAUCCUUCCGGGACACUCCGGCUCUCAAAACAAACAUGCAACCCAACGCACGCCUCCUUAGGUUGAGUUGCUAGAAAGUGCUUGCUCAUCACUGGCAGGGGAGCCACCGUAGCUAGUGAGACAGCGAGCGAUGGAGGCAGGAGGUCGGUCUUCGUGGAUGAAAUAUGGGCCUGUUGUGUCCCUGUUUGUGGUUAUUUUGGCCUUCUGGUUCCGGUCACCACAGAAUGCAGUACUGGACGACAGGCUGGACACUGUCCUGUCCUCUCUUUUACGGGCUGAAGGCAAAGUCUGGGUGAAUGACGUCGCCAGACCGAAAGUGGCUGUUGGUUUUGGAGGUUGUGUUGACCUGAUAGUGGACGGGGUAUCGUUGCUUAAUAAGAUUGGCCUCCCUCCCACAGACCAGCCUCUACAUCAUGACUACAUAGAAAAUGAAGUGCAGCUGGCUCAGAGCUUCGCCUACUUCUUUGCACCAGGAGCUGCUGCAGAGCGUUUUAUGCUAAAUGAUACCCUAUUCAGCGAGCUGGUUGAAGCAUCCCGUGACUUACCUGGGAACAGAUGGGCAGUAGGCGGCAAUGCCCCGGUGAUGGCUGGUCGCAUGGCAACUGAGGGAUGUGAUUUAUUGCUAGGGGGAAGUUUCAGCCCCGAUUUUAUUGAUGUCCUGUCCCAGCACAUAACGGUGGCAGGUAACAUAGUCGAAGAGCCAGACAUUCAUCUGAUCCUGGAGUAUCCAUCUGGUGCUAGCUGGGGUAACUAUACCUCACGGAGAGCCAACAGAUAUAUCGUCCACAGCGAUGACCAUAACCCCUACCUGGACUCCAUGGCGGAGUUUGCUAAGAAACUCAAUGACUUUGACCCAGACCUUCUAGUAGUGGGUGGACUGCAAAUGAUGGAUAACUUCCCCUUCCGGUCAGGUGAGCGGGACGCUCUCCUGUCCCGCCUGGCCGACCUCCUGUCCUCCUCGUCUCCACAGAUUGGAGUCCAUUUUGAGAUGGCCAGUUUUGUAGAAGAGAGUAUAAUGGAAGACCUUCUCUACUAUGUCAUUCCCUAUGCGGACUCUUUAGGGAUGAAUGAACAGGAGCUUCCCAACCUGCUCAGUCUGCUUAAAGGCUCCAACAUCACAGUGUUGUCAGACCCAAACCCUCGUGUAGCUACUGUCCUCGACCAAAUGAGGGAGGUCUAUCGCAUCAUAAACCAGCGCUCCAAAGAUGUAAGUGCAGAAAGUGACACAAACGGUGCCAAAGCUAAGCCGCUGACUCGACUCCACGUCCACACGCUGGCCUUUCAGGCCAUGAUUGUGACACGCGGCUCCCAGUGGAAGAACACCAUGUCCGCCACCGCCAAGGCCUCUCUCACAGCAAACCGCCAUGUCUGCGGCUCUAACGACAUUGACCCCAGCAAGGCGAGGCUCAUCAUGGACGACUCUUUCUCCGUUAGCCGGCGGGAGGGCAGCCAGCGUAUCCCUCUUCAGGAGACGCGACCAGUCAGCUGCUGGGAUGAGGAGGACUAUGAGAUCUGCGUAGCACCGGUGCUGGUGUGCACUGAGGUGUACCAAACUGCAGGCGGAGGGGACAACAUCUCAGCCGCUGGCCUGGUGCUGCAGAUCUAGUAGAAGGACACUAUAUGGUCUAUCUGUGUGUGCUAACUGCAUGUUGGCAAACAAUGUGACUCUAGAAACGUGAUCUAGGUGUGAUGCAAACUAGCCGGCAAACAUGGGUACGGAUUGGGAAAUGUAUCAGGAUAAUGCUGUCCAAUAAGGAAAACCAAUUAUCAUUCAUAGUGGACAGGUGAUGGGAUACAGUAGUUAAUAAUCAGGUUAGAUUACCAGAUUUUAAAAAUAUGGGCUCAGGUUUUAAUUUUUGAGGGGGAUGCAGUUAAAACCUGCUCAACUGAAAGAUAAAAGUUUUAUAAAUUGAGUAAAGUCAAUCCCCGAGUCAUUGAUGCCCGUCAUCUGACUCCUGACCUACUCUACUUCUCCAAGGCCUGAUAAGACUUGGGCCUUCAGCCAGGAUUAGAUAAAGAGAGAUGAAGUUUUGUUGUAGCUGACAAAGCUGGCAGAUAAAUUAUCUUUAAACCUAUAACUCCACUAUGCAGCAACCUGCACCAUAGUUGUGUAAAUGCUGAAAUAACUGAGUCUUCUGUUUCUUGGGAGCAAGUUUAUCAGGUUUAUAAAAACUACAGUUCCAUUAAGUAAAUGGUGCUUGCCUACCCCUGCCUUGCAGCAUAUGCUUUAUGAGAAGGCUAUAUCCUGCCUCUUCUCUCUCCUAUCUCAUUCUCAAAGGUAAAGAAAGAUUUAUAGUACAAAGCUAGUGAGGUUAUUGCCUCCUGUUCUUCCUGAUAUAUGUGAAAAAUGUGCAUAUUGGUUUGGGUGUGAUGAUUUUCAUUCUUCUGUGUCUGUUGCAGUGCAAUAACGCAAAAUCAAUGUUAAGAGACCACUGUUGGUAGCUGCAUAUGAUGUCAAAACCUUCUCUCUACCUCCAUGCUAUUUAUGUUCCUUCCUCUUUCCUAUUACUUUUUCUGUCACUUUUUAAAAAACUUUUUUAUUAUGUCAUAUCUCUUAUUAUUAAGGACCAAAAUCACCAGUGUGUACUGCCUAUGAUAACGUUGCUGCGAAGGAGAAGUAAUUGGCCGCCAGUUCUCAUGAUAUGGCUGCGUACAGUGGAACACAAUCCCAUCUCUAGUUUCAGGUUAUCAUUUUUGUUUUUAAACCGUGAACCCCCUAUAUCUAUGGAAUAUUGGAACACACAUAAGAUAUUUUAGUCUUCAUCUUACUUGUAGUAGGAUUAGAAGCUGAAUAGCUCUCCCCUAAUGAGAUCAUCUUUAAGAGAAAAUGGGGCCCUGCCUCUAAUUGGCCGCACAACUCCCAUUUCACUUUUUUCAGGGUUGAAAUCGCUUUUUUCUGCACUGGAUGCGACUGGAUGUGAAUGGGAGUUGAGCCUUUUUUCUUUCGAUGUACUAAUCAAACAUUCCACCACAGGCCCAGCUUGUUAUUUUUUAUACAACAUGCAAGCCAUGUUUAAACUUCAACAUGCAAGUAGAUUAUUUUUUUUCUUGAUUAAACAAUUAAAUUAGUUUCUUAAAGAAUGCUUUUCAAAUUCAUUUUCAGCAAGGAACGCAUUUAUUUAUUUUACAAUGCAACAAGUAUGAGCUAAAGAAAUCCCUUUAAAUCUUUCCUCUUUGUGUUAAGACUGUAUUGAUUUGAUGCUGUUGUUUUGAUCAUCAUUGAUUAUAAUGAUGGUAAAUGAGCCUUAUUCUGUCAUGACAAUGGGGGGUUAAGUCGAAAAGGGAUUUUGAAUACAGACCUUUCGAUUUUAUAGGCGUAUGUAUUAUUUUCUGAUUUCUUUGUCUUACACGGUAAGUUGAAGAUGAGUAACGGGUCAUGUUUUUACUGUGAAAUGAAACCAUUCUGAAAGCAGAACCUCAGCAUGCUUUCAUGUUCGGAUAGAGAAGUGCUUGUUUGCUACCAUAUCAUAUGCUUAUCUAAGCUUUAGAUAAGAUUCAUGUCACUUAUGUUCUAAAGCUGUGUUAAGUGUUUUGUGCAUGUUAAAUAUUCAAUUCAGAAUCGCCCAAGAUAAAAUGCUAUGCUGAUAAAGCUG